CUCUUCCACCAGAUCAAGCCAUAGCGAGGAGAAGAGAGGAGUAUGUCCUCAAGCGACGAGAAGCCGGCGCCCACGCCGGUGGCCGGCGGAGAAGGGGCGACGCCGCCGGGGAGGCCGACGACGGUGGCGUCGCAGCUGGUGGACAUGGGGGCGUCGAUGCUGCAGGCGUUGAAGCCGGUGCGGCAGAUGAAGCAGCACGUGUGCAGCUUCGCGCUUUACGGGCACGAUCUCGGCCGUCAGAUCGAGACCCACCACUACGUUUCCCGCCUCAACCAGGACUUCCUCCAGUGCGCCGUCUAUGAUUCCGAUCAGCCCUCAGCCCACCUUAUCGGUGUGGAGUACGUUGUAUCUGAUCGAAUAUUUGAGACGCUGCCAUCAGAGGAACAGAAGCUGUGGCACUCCCAUGCCUACGAGAUCAAGUCUGGGCUGUGGGUUAGCCCUGGUGUCCCAGAGAUGUUACAAAAACCCGAGCUUCGCGAGAUGACCAAGACUUAUGGCAAGUUCUGGUGCACCUGGCAGGUGGACCGCGGCGACCGCCUGCCGAUGGGCGCGCCCGGCCUGAUGAUGUCGCCCCAGGGGGUGAGCUUGGGCUCGGUGCGGCCCGACCUGGUCAAGAGCCGGGACGACAGGUACAAGAUAUCGAGCGAGGAGCUAAAGGAGUCGAGGCUGGAGAUGGAAGAGCCCGAGUGGAUCCACCCGAAUGCCGACUACUGGAAGCAGAAUGGGAAGGGGUUUGCAGUGGACGUUGUGGAGACGGAGAUGAAGCGCAGGGCUCCUUUUCCAUGAAGGGCCUUGGGUUGGGUCAGCUCUAGAAGGGGUUCCAUAUAUUUUGAGUAUGAUGUGGUGGCCAGGUAUAAUAAAAGCUUGUUUGCAGAUGAGGUUGUAGGUUACUUGUGUUGUUGAUGCUAGUGGUAAAUGAAGUUAGUUUUAUGGACGUUUGUUCUUGAGAAAGCGUAUUGGUAGGUUAUAAUAUUUCUCUAUUUUCUCCGGCCAAUGAGUUAUGGACCGAUAUGUAUGAUAUAGGUUCAUUUAGAAGCUGUCUUGACAUGAUCUAUAAACCAUGUUAUGGCGGAUGGCAGAUGCUGGAUUGAUGAAGAUUUUGUCUAGUUGUGUAAUAAACGGAAGAGGGAAAUGGAACAGAUUAAGGCACUACUUUAUUGUGAUCAAGGCUGAAACUAUG